AUGGCCAAGCGUAACUCUCGAGUCUACGCUGAAGAGGCUAUUUUCUUUGACGAGUCGAGCUACGCGCCCUUGGCAUCCUCCUCCUCAUCUUCCGGAUCUUCAUAUCAAUCCAGACGGAGUUCCCGCAGUUCGUUCAGAGAGGACAUGUUCCAAUACGCCACGGAAAUGGAAGAAGGAUUACGCAAUGGCGCGCCCAUCAUCGAAUCAGCUGCUGCCGUGCGCUAUCAGAACAGCGCCGGUACCACCAGGGAUUUUACUCUUCCUGAAAAGUCAGCCAAAUUAUCGAGCCUACUGCCUACCAUCCACCAGGCGGUCGAGUACCCUGUUGUACCCGUGGACGGUCGUCCUUCAAAUUUCGGCAUUGUUGUACCUGGAUUUUAUCGCAGCAGCUAUCCAAAGCAGCACGAUUUUGAAUUCAUCAAGAGCCUCAAGCUCAAGACCAUCGUUACCUUGGCCAAUAAGGAGGAGUUUCAGGACGAGCUGGCAGCUUUUGUUAACGCUAAUGGCAUCCGUCAAGUCAAGUUCGACAUGAAAGGCACCAAGAAGGAGGCUAUCCCACUCGAUACCAUGGCUGCUAUUCUUCAGCUUACCCUCGACAAGCGAAACUAUCCUCUUCUCAUCCACUGCAACCACGGCAAGCAUCGCACCGGCUGUGUUGUUGCUGCCGCCCGCAGAGUCGCCGGCUGGGAAGUCGAUCCCGCUUUGGACGAGUACAGGGCAUUUGCAUCUCCCAAAGUCCGCGAUUGCGAUGUUGAUUACAUCAACGCCUUCCAAUCAUCGCUGAUACCUAGAGUUGAAGAUGAGAUUGCUUCAUACAGUCCUGUUCGGGUCGGUACCUUUAUGACGUCGAACCCUUCUGCGCCUGAAAACUUUUGA